AUGGAUGUCAUCGGUCCUAUAGAGCCGGCCGCAUCCAAUGGACAUAGAUUCAUUUUGCUUGCCAUUGAUUAUUUGACCAAGUGGGUUGAAGCAGCCUCUUACAAGUCAGUAACCAAGAAAGUGGUGGCCGAUUUUGUCCGCAACAAUCUGAUAUGCAGAUUUGGAAUUCCAGAAUCCAUCAUUACUGAUAACGAUGCAAAUAUCAACAGUCAUCUGAUGAAAGAGAUAUGUGAGCAAUUUAAGAUUAUUCAUCGAAAGUCAACUGCUUAUCGCCCCCAAAUGAACGGAGCUGUAGAGGCAACCAACAAGAAUAUCAAAAAUAUUUUUGGGAAAAUGAUUGACAAACAGCGAGGCUGGCAUGAAAUGUUGCCAUAUGCUCUACUAGGUUAUCGAACGACGGUCAGAACAUUGACUGGGGCUACUUCAUACUUGCUAGUCUAUGGAACGGAGGCAGUCGUGCCUGUUGAAAUUGAGAUACCGUCAUUGAGGAUCAUCCAUGAAGCUGAAUUAAGUAACGCCGAAAGGGUUAGCAAACGGAUUGAUCAACUAGCUUUGAUUGAUGAGAAGAGAAUGAUUUUCGUUUACCAUGGCAAGUUGUAUAGAUAUAGAAUGACCCGCGCCUUUCACAAAAGAGUAAGAGCCAGAGAUUUUGAAGUUGGUCAGUUGGUUCUUAAGCGUAUUUUUCCUCAUCAAGAAGAGUACAAAGGAAAGUUCGCGCCAAAUUGGCAGGGUCCUUACAUGGUUCGUACAGUAUUAUCAGGAGGUGCUUUGGUCCGAUCAAAGAUGGAUGGCGCCGUAUGGCCCAAACCUAUCAACUCAGAUGCUGUCAAGAGAUACUAUGCUGAAACUGGGACAGAAUUUUUGAGAGGGAUCUCAAAAGUCCCGCGAUCUGUUAAGUUACAAUGGAAAGAUAAACAAGACGGUUUACAGCUUCGCUUUGGAAUCGGCCAAAUUCUCACGACGAAUGAAUACGGAGAGCUCCCAAAGAGGAGAAAACUAUCUCCAAAAUCAGUAAUUUUACUGGGAGCAGGAGGCAGUUCAUAUCAUUUGUGUCAGGAUGCUUGGGAAUGUGGUUUGUUUAUUUAA